UGUGUGAGAGAGAGAGUGAAUGCUGGUGUGUACGCAUAACAAAUUUCCUUUCUCCACCCCCUUCUUCAUUACUACUACUACAGCUACUAUUCGUAGCAGUUGCUUUACCUUUAAUAAUUCCUUUCCUUUCCAGUAAUUUCCCUGCUAUUUUCUUCUCCUCUCUGCCUUGCUUUGCUUCUUCCUCCUCCUCCUCCACCUUUGCCCUCCUGCAUUUUGCUUGCAAAGGAUAGGAGUUGCAGUACUAGUAUUGCUCUCUCAUUGCAUGUGAAGCUAGCAAGCAAGCAAGCAAGAGAGAGAUUCUAGGUGAGUGGUGUUUGGUGUGAAGGGAAGGAGCAUGGUGAUGGUGGCAUGGCUGAUCUGCUGCUAAUAGCAAGGAGUAGUAGUAAUAAUAAUACUACUAGUCACUCAUCAUCCUUCUCCCUCCCUUGAGCUUAGCUAUAGAGUGGAGAAGAAAGAAAGGAGAGUAGUCAAAGCGACUCUUUCUUUGUUUUCUUGCGCUUCCUCCUCGGCUGAGCUCAGCAGCAAGCAAACCUGCUCCUGCUACAGCAGCGAGCGAGCGCUAGAUCUGACCAAAUGGAGGCCAAGGACGUCUCGCCGCUCGUCACCGUCCCGCCCGCGCCCGCCGCCGCCGCGCCGCCACCUGCGGCAGCGCCCGCGCCGCCGCCGUCCCAGCCGCCGCCGCCGCCGCUGCCGUUCGCGCAGCAGGCGCCGCCGCCGGCCGCCAACCCCGCGGCGGCGCCCAUGCGGCUGUCGUUCGACCAGAUGGCAGGGAAGGCGCCCGGGGGGGAGCAGCAGCACCACCACCACCCGGGGCCCAUGCUGUACGCGGCGGCGCCCGCGGGCGGCGCCGCGCCGCCGCCGCAGGGCGGCAAUGUGAUGGGCAUGGGCGAGCUGAUGCGCAAGAAGCGCGGCCGCCCGCGCAAGUACGCGCCCGACGGGAGCAUGGCGCUCGCGCUCGCCCCCAUCUCCUCCGCCUCCGGCGGCGCCGCGCCGCCGCCUCCGCCGCCAGGGCACCAGCCGCACGGCUUCUCCAUCAGCAGCCCGGCGUCGGAUCCGAACGCCAAGCGCCGCGGCCGGCCACCCGGCUCCGGCAAGAAGAAGCAGUUCGAAGCCCUAGGCUCAUGGGGCAUCGCCUUCACUCCUCACAUCCUCACCGUCAAGGCCGGCGAGGAUGUUGCUUCAAAAAUUAUGGCCUUCUCACAGCAAGGCCCUCGCACAGUUUGCAUUCUCUCAGCGAAUGGUGCAAUAAGCAAUGUAACACUUCGGCAGCCAGCUACAUCUGGUGGACUUGUGACUUAUGAGGGCCGAUUUGAGAUCAUCUCUCUAUCAGGUUCUUUCCUGCUUGCAGAGGAUGGCGACACUCGCAGCAGGACUGGUGGCCUGAGUGUCGCACUUGCAGGAUCUGAUGGCCGAGUUCUUGGUGGAUGUGUAGCUGGAAUGCUGAUGGCCGCAACCCCUGUCCAGGUUGUCGUGGCUAGCUUCAUCGCGGAAGGUAAGAAAUCGAAGCCAGUCGAGACAAGGAAGGUCGAACCGAUGUCAGCGCCUCCACAGAUGGCAACCUACGUGCCAGCUCCGGUGGCGAGCCCGCCAUCGGAGGGCACAUCCAGUGGAUCGUCCGAUGACUCGGGCAGCCCGAUCAACCACAGCGGGAUGCCGUACAACCACUCCGGGCAGCAGCAGCAACACCAGCAGCACCAGCACAUGCCCCCUGCUUACGCAUCCGGUGGCUGGUCGCUCUCAGCUCAUCAUCAGAACAGGCACGACUCUGACAUGAAGAUGAUGUCGAACUAACACUCUGCUCGGCCUCGAGGCGCCCCAUUUGUUUGGUUGGGCUGAAGAAGGAGCUGAUGAUGGAUGGUGGAUCGUGUUCGUACCCCCCUCUGCUAGCUAAGAGAUUUAGGACCAUGGUGAUGAAUGAUCUCAGAGAGAUGUGUUGUUGCUGUUGUUUUUCCUUGGAGUAAGAUUAAUUUAGGCGCUGUUGUAACGCUGUAGCUGUCAUAAUUAAGCCGCCUCUAACGCAAGAGUUUAUUAUGUGUUGUACUACCGGUGGAUAUGCCUUCUGCUUGUCUGUCUUGCUGAGAUCUUCACCUCCUUAGUAGGCUAGUAGUAGUCUACAUACAGACUUGUAUGAAUUUACCUGAAUGCUUUGAUUUCAAUUCGAGAACUUUUACUAGGUUGUUUCUUUUUCU